AUGUAUUGGGUUGUGAUACCAUUCAUUUUGGGAAUCAUUUCGUAUAUGGUUUACAAGAAAAACAGUAAAUCAACGGAAUUUUCUUCAAAUGUCCCUCAGUAUGAUCAUGCCAUAAUUAUUGGAGGCAGUGUUGGAGGAAUGAUGACUGCUGCUUAUUUAUCGAAAUAUUUCUCACGAAUAACAAUUAUCGAAUCAGACGAUGUAAUGGGUGAUAGAUUAAUGAAAUCUACACCCAGCGAACUAUUAGAUUAUCGUUGUCGUCUUGAAAGUCCAGUAUCAAUAGGACGUUCAGGUGUUUCACAAAUAUAUCAGUUACAUGCACUCGAAGGUGAAGGACAUAAAAUAUUGUGUGAAUUAUUUCCUCAACUAGACGAUAAAUUAUUCAAUGAAUAUGGUAUUCGUACUUAUUCAUUAAAAACUGAAUCAAGACUCUUUAUUAAUGGUGUAUUAUUAAAUCAAAAUUUAACAGAAGACAUUAAAUGGUUAGGUGCUGAUCGUUUUACAUUAGAAACAGUUUUGAGAAAAGAAUUAUGUUUACAAUUUGGAAAUAAAAUUGAAUGGAAAUGUAAUUCAAGAGUAACAAAACUUAUUGUUGAUCAAUCAUUAAAUAUUGUUAAAGGCGUCAAAUAUCGGUCUAAACAAAAUAUUGGUCCACCAUCAUUUGAUAUGUACGGUGAUUUUAUUAUCGAUUGUAGUGGCCGCAAUUCAUCGUCAGAUAAAUGGUUAAAAGAGAGUUUGAAUUUAAUUGUACCAACUGUGCAAAUCCAUUUUGGUUGUGGCUAUGUUACAUUUGUUGGUGAAAGAUUUAAAACUGGAGAUCCAUUGGUGGAUGCAAUGCCUAUAAAUUGUUGUACAGUUAAUGCCCCUAAUAAAAAUACAGGUUGCUAUAUAACACCAAUACGUUCAAUAAAAACAACGGAUGAAAAUUCCUUAGGAACAUUAGCAACAUUUGCGAUUCAUUGCGUUAAUUCAGAAUUUCCACCAAAUGAUUCUUAUGAAAAUUUAUUAGAAUGGUCAAAAGAAAAUCUAGAUCCAGAACAUUAUUCGAUAUUAAAAUCAACAAAAGUAUGUAGUCCAUUGAUUCCAUAUCAUCGUGCGAUUGACGAUCGAAAAUAUGUCGAAUUAUUAGGAAAAAAAUGGCCUCAAAAUUAUGUAUUAUUAGGUGAUGCAAUGUGUACAUUUAAUCCUGCACUAGGACAAGGCAUGACACAUGCAUGUAGACAAGCAAGAGAGUUGGGAAAAGUAUUUGCAGAGAAUUAUCAUAAGUUAAAAGACAUUUCUCAUAUUUUCAAUCGUCGUGCUUCAGCAAUCAGUGAAGAAUGUUGGCUUACAGUGAUCACAAAUGAUUGGAAAACACCGACAUUAAAACUGAUAAAAACUGAUAAAAAUGGUGAAAUUAAAACUUAUCAACGAGGUGGUGAUUUUACUGCGACUAAGAAUCAUCAACCACGAUUACCUUUAGUAAUUAAGUUUUUACAGUGGUAUAAUGGUUGGUUUUUCCAAUGUGCAUCCAAAUCCGGACAAUUUUCUACGGAUUUUUUACGUGUUCUGAAUCAACAUAGUAGUCCGUUUAUACUAUUCAAACCAACAACGUUCUUAGCCGUUUGUUAUACUGCAUUAAUAAACUAUUUUAAUUUAUCGAAAAAAUUAUCCGUUUAA